GGUCGGUUGUACUUCGCUAACCGGCGAUCUCGAGGCGGCGGUUCGCGUCUAAUUGUAAGGCAGCCACCGCAUGCCGGUGGUCAGAAUAGGCGCGCCUGAAACUACCUGAGGAUCCAGUUUAAGUGGCAGGGUAAGUUGGUUGAGUCAUUCUCACGUCGAUAUGCAGACAUGAAGAUCGGCUUGCUCAAGUGCCAAACACCACCUGCAAACUACAUAGCCAGGAUAUUUCCAAGUUAUAAUAACACACGCAACUGAAGUGAAGAGAGUUCACUCCCUCAACCUCUCAAGACGUGAAGCGCACCGGCGGGCAAUCAAUAAUGGCAUCCACACUGCCGGAAACACCGAUAACAUCACCACCAGUUUCAACAACGGCAAUAGCAGAUACCACUGUCUCAUCAACAGAGAAGAUACCUCUUCCUCCUCCUCCCUUUGACUUUGCCCAAUCACUCGCUGAUUUCAAUGUCUCGCUGAGUGCAUACCUAGCGACCUCUCCGAGGCCCCACGGCAUCAAGCUACAGGGCGUCUGCGUCGGCGCCUUUGUGUUUGACGAGGCGCGGAGACUGCUCCUCGUCCAACGUGCACCCCACGACUCGUAUCCACUGCGCUGGGAAGUUCCAGGCGGUGCCGCCGACGUCGAGGAUGAGACCCUCCUGGAAGCCGUCGCGCGUGAGUUGUGGGAGGAGACAAGCCUACGGGCGCGCUACAUAAGCGGGGUGGUUGGAGAGGGCUACACCUUUCUUACCCGCCGCCCCGCGUGCGUCUGUAAGUACUCUUUCGUUGUCGACGUCGAGGCCUACGAUGUAAAAGUUGAUCCCGAGGAGCAUGCGGAUUUCGUUUGGGUUACCGAGGACCAAGCCAGGGCGGGGAAGAUUGGCGAUAUAGAGCUCACAUACACGACGAAACAACAGAGGGAUAUCAUACUAGAGGCCUUCAAGAUACAGAGGGAGGGGGUCGAAGCGUGAGACUGCCCCUUGUUAUCUACGUUCAUAUGACACCAAGGACAUGACUUUCGCCAUCGCCACAGCGGAACUGUUCGUUUAAGUCGGCAGCUCGUCGCAGCCCAACAAUCAAGUGUGUGUGCCUUGGUUCAUAGGGCGUCGCAUCGCAGAUUGCGGCAUAAAUGAAGAGACACUGGACUGGUACCUACCUACAGGCUACAAGUAGUAGCCCGUCAGUCGGAAAGGACCUCUGGA